GAGGCCCGAGCGAGGCAGCUAACAAACCUCAACCCAGAGGAGCGGCGCCUGUGAAUGGACAGUGCAGACACCCAUGGCAUCACAGGAGCUUGUGGAUGCAAGAGAAUCAGCCGCCGACAAUCUUAACCCAGGAAUGGAGGGUGGUGCCGUGCCCAGCGGCGGCAAAACCUGUCCUGUCCACACUUCAGGCGGAGAGGAUGCAAAGAAGGGCUUUCGGAAAGGCAUAGGCAGGCAUAAUGACUACGUGAAGAUCUCCGUGCUGGAGUCCAAGGUCAACCGUCUGCCCAUGGAGUGGUGGAAGACGGCAAUCGCUUUUUUUUAUGCCGGUUUUAACUUGGUUCUGACAACAGUCGUCAUCACGGUCGUCCACGAGAGGGUCCCGCCGAAAGAGGACAGCCCACCUCUUCCUGAUAAGUUCUUUGACUAUAUCGACAGGGUCAAGUGGGCGUUUACGGUGACGGAGAUCAAUGGCAUGGUGCUGUUGGCCAUUUGGAUGAUCCAGUUGUUCUUCUUUAGAUACAGGUCAAUAGCAUGCAGACGGUUCUUCUUUCUCAUCGGCACCCUGUACUUGUACCGCUGUGUCACGAUGUACAUCACCACCCUGCCUGUGCCUGGUAUGCACAUGACUUGUGCUCCUAAGCUUCACGGAGACUCCCAGGCAAAAAUUCAGCGAAUUCUGCGGCUGAUUUCAGGCGGAGGGCUUUCCAUCACAAACUCCCACCUCCUGUGUGGAGACUUCCUCUACAGCGGACACACGGUGAUGCUCACCCUCACCUAUCUGUUCAUCAAGGAGUACUCGCCGCGGUCGUUCUGGUGGUACCAUCUCAUGUGCUGGCUGCUGAGUGCUGUGGGGGUGGUGUGCAUCUUGGUGGCACACGAGCACUACAGCGUGGACGUGGUUGUGGCGUAUUUCAUCACCUCCCGGCUGUUCUGGUGGUACCACACCAUGGCCAACUUACAGACUCUAAAGUGUUCGCCCAACAACUACCUCACCAACACCUGGUGGAACCCAGUGUUCAACUUCAUGGAGAGGAACGUCCAGACCUCAGUGCCGUGCUCGUACAGUUGGCCCAUCACCUGGCCUCCCGCCUGCCUUAAGAACCCCUGCAAGAAGUACUCCAUGGUACAGAGCACACGGGAGGAGUGACACAACCUGGACACUGAAGCCGCAGCAGUGUUACUUGAAAAUCCACUGAGGUGGCAUUCAUUCAUUCAUUCAUUCAUUCAUUCAUUCAUUCAUUCAUUCAUUCAUUCAUUCAUUCAUUCAGCCUUGUCUACUGGACAGGAACAUUGAUCCCAAAUUCAUAGCUAUGAAUGAAGUGUUUCAGUGUUAUAUGUCAAGAAGGAUAAUCAUAUUGUCUCUGUAUUUUUGCCACUGUGAUUUAUUUAUGAAAUAAAGUCCUGCAAGUUAUUAUUGUUUUUGUAAAUGAUAACUGUAUCUGAUCCUAGUGAUCCUUUUCACACAUGAACAGGCAAUUGUUUGCAUCAUAGUUGCAGGUCUGUUGCAGUAUUUGCAAGACUUGAUUGAUUUUCCUCCUUAUUUCUUCCAUACUAUAUGUUUUUAGGGGGUUUACCUCCAUGUUGUAUCAGUGUGCUCAAGUCACAAGGUGCCUUAGUGAGUUAAAUGUCAGUAGGUAUACCAAAGCUGCCAAUGUCUUAGUGAUUUUUUUUUCUAUGAGUUUUAUUAUUAUUAUUAUAAUUAUUAUUAAGUUGGUAUUCAUUUUAGUAUCCUAGAGUGUGUAUAUCUCAGCUGUAGUCUCAACAUUGUACCGUUGUAUUAAAAUUUUACCAUACUAAA